GACCGGUCAAAUCGUAAGAUUCGCAAAGGCAAACAUUUGAUUUCUGCGCCAAGGCACUGUGUGCGCUGUACGCGGUCUCUGACUGAAAACUGAAAUUAAACCCCAUGAAAUUAGAGACUGAGUGAGAUUGACUGAAAUUCAAUUGUUUGUCUUCGUGCGUGGUUUCAGCCCCAAUUUGUAUUCAGCUUACUUGUCUGGGCUGUUUCCGGGUUCGGCUGCAGCUUAGAUCAAUAUACCCUGGCUUUGAUAUUCGGUUUCGGCCUCGGGGUGUGGUUUGAAAACUUGAAAAGGGCAGGCCAGUGACCACAAGAGAAUUUUGAAUUGAUAGCAACAUGAAGCUAGUCCCGGCAAUGAUUGAGGGUUUGAAGAAUUCAGAGAUCUUCAGUAAGCUUCGCAACGUUUCUGGUGAAGGUUCAACAACGGCUCUGCCCGCUGAUCUACUCGAUAUUUUUGGGCAGUUUUUGUUCUUCUGGGAUUUCAGUGAGCAAGCAGUACAUGCUAUAAAUUUGAACUACGAGAGUUCUGGUCGAACUGAAUCUGAAUACCAGACACUGCUGCUGACCAGCCGGCCGCUGGGCGCCGUCACCCAGCUGCUGGUAUCGCCGGCUGGCCAGCGGCUGGCGCUGAUCGGACCCGGAGGCGUCACCGUGGUGGAACUGCCCGCUCGCUGGGGCAAACAUGGACUGUACGAGGGGGGCAAGCCGCGACUGACCUGCACCUCUCACCAGGUGGCGGAGCGGUUCUUCCUGUGCACCAAGCACGUGCAGGUGACCAAGGUUCGCUGGCACCCCGAGUCAGCCGGCGACUGUCACCUGGUGGUGCUCUGCUCAGACAACUACCUCAGGGUGUACGACGUGUCUUCGGACCUGCAGACUCCCAGUCAGGCGCUGCCUCUGGGCGCCACACACUCGGCCUCUCUUGGAGGACGGCCCGGCUCGUCCUUCGUUCGCUCGCUGGGAGAGGUGGCGGUGUCGUUUGCCUUUGGAAACCGUCCACCGCCGCCACCGCCGCCGGCUGAUGGGCAGGAUCAGCAGAAAGAGGAUUUGCGGGAGCCACUUCCAGUGUACAUACUGCGAGGCAACGGAGACAUAUACAUCACCUGCAUCAACUUGGCAGCUUCCAGGGAGCGUUUCCAGGUGCUGGGUCCGGUGGCGAUGCACCCGGCGGCAGAGGACAACUACGGUACGGACGCCUGUGACCUACUCUGUGUCGGAGGCGGGUCGCCGGCCGUGCUCGUCGUGGCCACGCCAACCCGCCUCUACCACUGCGUCGUACUCGACAGACCCGCCGACGAGGCCGACGAUGGCGUGGCCUCUGAAGCCUCCUGGUCGCGGUACAGCUCGUGUUUGUCGCUCGAGCCGGCCGCCAUAUCGCUGUACGUCUACGAGAGCGUCGAGCCCGACAUGGUGCUGGCGCCGGCUGACGAUGACGACGCGAUGACGUCACCGAUCCGUCUGCACCGCGACCCGGCCUCCGACUGCAGGUAUUUCUGCAGCCACGCGGCCGGAGUCCAUGCUGUCGCCAUGCCGCUGAUCGCUGCCUUGGAGAGGUUUGCCUCGCAGCCCGAGACCAGUGACGAGCCACUGGGCGAGCACCCGUGUAUCGUGGAGCACCUGGUGUCCACCCGACCCGUGAGCUCCGCCCCGGCCUGCCCCGUGAUCGGCCUGUCGGUCAUACCCCACCCGCUGCUGAUGGUGGUUCUACUGGCCACUCACGAGGUGCUGCUGCUGCCGCUGGUGGCCAAGUUCAGGCCGCCGGCGCCGACCCUGGCUGAGGAGGAUGAGAGCGCCGGCUCCGUGGGACCGGCCCAGGAGAGCGAGUCUUUCUCGGCUCACAUCCGCCGCCUCCUGGAGCGCGGAGACAGCGUGCCGGUCCUGCGCGCCGCCGCCGAGCCGGCCUCCAGCGCCGAGCGACUGGAGCUGGCCUCUCGCGCCGCGCACCGGCUGCGCACAGAGUACAUACAGCGCCAGCAGCUGGCGCGCGCAGCUCUCCAGCAGCAGACGGACGCGCUGCGCCGGCUGCAGCAGCAGCAGCUGUCCGAGGCGCAUCAGCUGGAGCAGCAGCAGCAGCGGCUGCACAGCCGGGCGCUGGAGAUCGUGGACCGGUGGCGGCAGCUGGAGGAGAGCCACAGGACUCUGCUGGACCGUGCGGAGACGGUGUUCCGCCGGUGUCAGCAGGGUGUUCCCGUGCUCUCGGACGCCGAGAGGGCCGUCUCGCGCGAGCUGAAAGAGCUCGGCGACAUGUCGGAGCUACAGGCGCGGCUGGACGCCCUCCAGGCCAAGUUCGACUAUCAGAAGAGACAGGUGUCCCUCCAGCAGGUCAACGAGCAGCGGCAGGACCAGCAGCUGGCGGCGCUGUCUUCCGCUCAGCGUACUCUGCUCAAAACCGAGCUGGCCGCUCAGGGUGAUCAGAUCGCCGCACUGGUCCAGACCGUGCUGGCCGCCCGAAAAACGCUCGGUGUGUGACCGGAUCGCACGGGGAUGGACGAAGGAAGGGACGGCGAGGCAGUGGGUGGGUGUGUUGGCCGUUCAGAGGGUCGUCUGGUACCUCAAGCGGCUGUUUCAGAGCGGAGGCUAGCUGGUAGCUCAAGCGGCUUUUCUUGAAGAGAGCGAAGGCUAGCUGUUAUCUCAAACGGCUUUCUGAGGGGGAGAAUAGGUUCGAUCGUGGCCGAAAGGUGCUGGACCGAGAAGGGUGACCAAUCGCCGGCCUUGACCGGUUGACCGCUGGUGGCGGAAGGUGAGCUAUGUACGCAUCAUUCACGCCCGCAUCCCAUCAUAUCGUGGUUUCUCGUGCACCAGGACUGGACGUUGACGAAUUUCUGGGACGAGUCUGAACAGACGUGGAGGUGAAACCGAUGUGAUGGUGUGGGUCGCUCAUUGUCAUAAACAUUGCCAUUUUGGAGCUGUUUGUUACAAAUACAUAGUCCUGCAGAGGAUAA